CUUUACCUUCAGGCCAGAAUGAAAGGAGACUGGGCAAGACUUGUACGUCCUACUGUACAAUUUGGUCUUAUCGCUGCAUCUAUCUAUGUGGGUCUCUCACGUGUUUCUGAUUACAAGCAUCAUUGGAGUGAUGUUUUAACAGGACUCAUUCAGGGAGCGGUGGUAGCUGUGCUCAUUGUUGUGUACGUGUCUGACUUCUUCAAAGUGAGAGGAUGUACAUUUCAACCGAAAGAAGAUUCCCAUACAACCCUACAUGAGACUCCAACAAAUGGAAAUCACUUUGGCAGUAAUCAUCAACCAUGA